AAUUUCUUCAUGUUCUUAAGAAAUCUCUGUAUCCUUUUGCUGAUUUGCAUUUAAAUCUUUCUUUUGUUCCACCUGAACUGUAAUUGAAUUUAAAAUACUAACUGGAUUUUGAGUUUCAAUUUCUGCACUAACAUUGUUUGUAGAUUUCAAACAUGGAAAAUCAUUUUCAUUGAAUAUUACAUCACGACCAUUUAUUGCUUUGAAACCUUUUCCUUCUUUUAACCACAGUCUAUACCCUUUAACUCCUUGGGGUAACCUAAAAAGUAAAAACACACUUGACAGCCCUAUGUUGCAAUUUUCCCUCAUUUUGGUGUGCAUAUACUACACAACCAAACACUCUUAAGGUCAGACAAAUCAGGUGCUUUACCUGACCAUUUGUGUUCUGGUGUUAAAAAUUCAAUUGCAGUUGGACUCCUAUUGACUAAAUAAAUGGCAGUCAUAAGUGCCUCACCCCAGAAGGUUUUAGGAAGUCCUGAACUAAGUAAUAAACACCUUACUUUGUCUAAAAGAGUUCAAUUCAUCCUCUUUGCUACCCCAUUUUGUUGAGGGGUUAACCUUACUGUUCUAUGUCAUUUAUAGAAUUUCAUAUCCUUAUUUUGGUAAGUUGAUAAGUAAGGAAACUCUUUCUUGCGUGCAUAGGGGUGCAAAUCAUCAUAAUACCACCAUUGAUGAGUUUUCUGGCUUUGCCCUGUCUGCCUGGAUAAGCCAAUGGAUUUGGCCUUUGGUUGUGGGCAUCAGGUGUGUUUCAGUUGUGGAGAACUUCUCGAGAAAUGCCCAAUAUGUCGUGAGAUGGUUAGUGCAAGAGUAAAACUUAUCGAUUCAGCUCAUGAAAACCAGAAUUGUCCCAACUGCCUGAUGAAUCCCAAGGACAUGGUCUUUGGUUGUGGGCAUCAGGCAUGUUAUGAAUGCGGAGAAGAUCUUCAGACAUGCCCCACAACUACAUGUGCUAGCUUGAUUGUUACAAAAAUAAAGUUGUACUAAACAACUUUUUUUCGCUCUGUUAACUGAGGAAUGUAAGGGAAUCACUAUGAAGAAGUUUUCUGAGCUUAUUUAUUUUGUUUUAGUCAUUUGGCUGAGCCGAAAGAGAAAAACAAUAUAAGGAACUCUUGUCUCUCAAACUAAACAAACAUUUUUGUAAUUGGAUUAUGUUUUAUUUAGAAUGUUGGUGCAAACAUUUCGCUUGCACAGAGUCAGAAUUUUGUGGUGUAGUUUUGGUUAUUUAUAGUUGGGAGCUCAAUUAUAUAA